AUGGAUGUCUAUGCUUCUGGCGAUGCCUGCUACCAUGGUGGCAAGUCGUGCCAUGGUCCAUCCGACUACCAGUGGAUCUGGGACACCUACAAAGGAAGUUCAGCCUACUAUCAAGUCAAAGGCCGUCCUCUCAUCAGCACAUUCCCGUCUGGUGGUUUGCACAACGAAACCUGGAUCAAAUGGAAGAAAGGACUCGCCGACGGCAUGUUCUUCAUGCCCAACUUUGACGAAACUGACGGAUACUAUGAUUCAGCUGAUGGAUGGUGGUCGUACUGGGGCCCCAUUGUCGAUGGCAUCUUUAGUUGUGAGUCUGCCUGGCCCGAACGCAAAGGCUUGGGUGGCAAGUAUGCAGGAGACGUAUCGAUCGAUGUCCCUGUUCUUGCCGGUGCCCACAAACACGAAAAAUUCUACAUGAUGGGUCUCAGUCCGCUGCAGUACAAGAAUGCUUAUGGAGCGCACGUUUAUCGACAGGGAGACCUGAACCUGCCGAAGCGUAUGGUCAACAUCCUCAACAUGGAUCCCCAGCCCGACUAUGUUCAGUUUCAGACGUGGAAUGAUGGCCCUGAAGCGCAUUACGUUGGAAACCUCUGGACUGAGCAAAACAAUGACACCGAACCGUACUUCUAUGCCAACCAGGAAACCUGGGAUCAUAAAGGCUGGCAACCUCUUGUCUCGUCUUUCGUCAACGCUUACAAGACUGGUCAGUCAGCUUCUCAGAUGACGCCGAUGAACGGCGAUGUUCUCGUUGGUGCUGCGUGGUAUCGAACCGAGCUUUCAGAUGUGAAAUGUCCCUACGACGGCAACGAUGCUUACUACAGCAAGCCAGACGGAUGGGAUGAUGAUGUCAACUAUCUCUACUACGCUAUCAUCCUCAAUCCAUCCUACGGAUCGGGAUACAAGGUAACCGUUUCUGGAACCACGGAGCACACAGCCCCUCUGAACCCUGGUAUGAACUACGGCUAUGGCGCUGGAGAGGUUCAAACCGGCGCUCAACGCAUCACAGUCAAGGACCCCAGUGGUAACGUUGUUUAUACUGCGACCGGCGGAAUGUGCGUUAGCGAUGGCUGUCCCAACUACAUCUACAAUGGUAACUAUCAGGUUCUGCCAUUCAAGAAGGGUAAUGCCGAUCCAGUUUGCAACCAAUGGCCUGGUAUGGAUCACAGCGCUUGCAGUUAUGGCACUUGUCACGCUAGUGGCGAUGGCGGCGAUAACGGAGAGGGUGAUGACUUCAAGCAUGUUACCUGUACCAACCCUGGAGUUACUGAUGCCUCCAAAGAUUCAAAGUUUCGCUGGGACUCUGUCAACCUUUUCCAUGGCCCAGAGGGCAUCGACUGCGGUACUAUCGAGAACGGCAACCCCUGCGGCUCCAAUGUUGUGCAAUGCAACGACGUCACGCAUCCGGGAGCCUAUUUCGCCAUCAACUCUAUGGAGUCCAUCUACCGCGUUCACUUCAACCUUUGGGACGCGCUCGACAGGGCCCAGAACGACAUCAAUGCUCAAGUCGGAGAGCUCUCCAGCACCUUUGCGCCUGUCAAAUCAAGCGAUUUCUCAGUCAAACUCCUUCUUGACAUCAUUGGUCUUGGAUUCUCCCUCGCGGUAUCCCCGAUGUGGAAUUUAGCUCUGAAGGGUAUGCCGUACUUCAAAGCCAAUCCCAACAUAUUGGCUACUGUCAAGGAUUGGGUGAACCCGAUGGUAACAAACAGCAUUACUAUUGCGAAAGACACCCUGAAAGAUGACAGUGCCCUUAGUGCCGAGAACUCCAUCUCUACUAGGCUCAGCGCAAUCGUUACAAUCUGGCAAGCUGAGAUCGUCUCGAUGAAUGAGCAGCUUUUCAACGGUUCUAAGGAAAACACUGAUCUACUCUUCACCGCUAUUACCGACGGCCAGAUGCUCGAAACGAAGCACAAAGAUCUUGGUGUCGAUUCUAUCCAAGCCCUGGUCUCAAAGGCGCUCUUUGCGGAACUGGUUCCACUCGCUUGGCAGCUAUCAUCUUCCGAACUUGGCCCAGUUGUCAUCGAUUCUGAGCAAGGCUGUGGAGAUAAGCCCAUUGUGAAGCACAUGAACUCCAAGAACUACGAUUUAUCUGGGGUCUGUGUCGGUUCUAAGAUGUACUACUUGAUCGGGUGCACAGGGAAAGCUCGAACCUGCGACGAGUCCCAUGGAAGCUUCAAUCCUGGUUGCACCGACAACUUCUUCAGUCCUCUGCCAGGACUCGAUGAUCUGACCGGAUCAGAAACAGCUUUUGGUGGAUUGACCAAGGAAGAUAUCGUGAACGGAGCUGUAAACAGCUUUGUUGGUAACGGAAAUGCCAACGGCUGGUCUAUGCUUGAUCCCUCCAACACAGUUGAUGGUAUGGAUCUAGUCUCUGAGUACAAUGUCACGGCCCCAGGAGUUGUUAUGUUACCAAUCUGCACCGCAUCCGAGGCCUUUUCGAAUUGGUUCUCCUUUACUAAUGGAAAGCCUAAGUCAACUAACUACCCAUGUAAUUGA